AUGGUGGCCCCACAGACUCAGCCCCCUGCCCAGCAGCAGCCCAAGAAGAAUCUGUCCCUCACGAGAGAGCAGAUGUUUGCUGCGCAGGAGAUGUUCAAGAUGGCCAACAAGGUCACGCGGCCCGAGAAGGCCCUCAUCCUGGGCUUCAUGGCCGGCUCCCGAGAGAACCCGUGCCAGGAGCAGGAGGACGUGAUCCAGAUCAAGCUCAGCGAGCUCACGGAGGACCUGCCCAAGUCGGACGGCCAGGGCAGCACCACCAUGCUGGUGGACACCGUGUUCGAGAUGAACUACGCCACGGGCCAGUGGACGCGCUUCAAGAAGUACAAGCCCAUGGCCAACGUGUCCUAG